GCGUAUGCUUACGUGGAGAGAAAAAGCAAAAGCAACAAGAGUAAAAAAUAGAGAAAGUGCAGAGACAGCCGCCCAAGGACCGCAAAUAAUUUUGCACGUUCUUUGUAAAGGUAUAGUCGUCGUUUACUCAAGCACCACUCUCCACUGUGGCUGCUGUUGUUGAUUUUCCAUUCCCGUCCUAGUAAAAAGAUAAGAAAGUACCUCCCACAAUCGCGGUCAACAUCGCUCAUGUGCCUGUGCUAGUCCCAAAGUUGUGAUAUCUACAAUGUUCAGUGUGUUGUGGGUCUAAAAAAAAAAAAAAAAAAAACACCACUCGAGUAGGUAUAUAUGUAUCGUUGGAGAAACAAACAAGCAGGAUGAAUCCGUCCAGGGAAAACAAUUCAAGCAACGAAGGUAGGAUCAUACCAGAGGCUCCGAGGCUGCCAAUACGCAAUCCGCUGCUCACGCUCGCCGAUUCGCAAUUCAGUAUCGAGGAUAUCGCUACUGUCCGGCUGGUGCCCGUGACCCCGGCUACUCCAGCUGUGCUCCGGGAUGAGCCUGAGCCAACUGUCAAGCCCAACAGCUCCCUAAGCCAACAGCAGCCGAAGCCGCAAACAAGCGCAUCCUCGCCAAGCCACAGUUUCCAAGUAGCCACUCCUCAAGCUCAGUCUCCACAACAGGCUCAGCCGGCACAACCGGCACCGCUGAAGCAGAGCUACUUCACAUCGAUUCUUUCCUCGCUACCGAGUCUCUCGUUAAUUACGGGUCAGGAGGAUUCUAGACCCAAACCAAGUCCCAUCCCAUCCAACCCUAGUCCAUCUUACGGUUCUUACGGAACCCAACAGCCCGUACAGAUUGGAGGUUAUGGACACCAGGAGGUAGACAGUGAUUUUAAGACUACAGUUGGCUUUGUUGACGUUGGACAGGGAGUCUCAGGCUCAUCGUUUCAGGCUCCCAAGUUGACACCUACUCAACAGCCGCCGACUCAGCUGCCACCUACUCAGUUGCCACCCACUCAACUACCUCCUGUCUUUCCACCUAGUGGAGGAGCUGCAUCCUACCGGCUGGGUAAUCAGCGCCGCCUAAAGUAUGCGCCACCUCCAGAUCUAACGUCAACGGUCCAGCAGCACUACCAGCCACCCCCUGCUCUAUUAUCUCAACCCAAUCCGUCCACUGUUCCACCAACAUUCUUUAACCCCAACACUCAGUCAAUCCAACCUAAUCUUAACAGCCAGCUAUCAAGCUCUAUCCCGGCCCCCCUUAAUCCUUACAGCCAAUCGAACCCUUAUUCUCAAUCGAAUUCCUAUGUCCAACCAACUGGUCAGCCGUUUAGCACCCAUAGCCCAUCCCUGGUGCCUCCUCUGAGUGGGACACCCUCCAGCCAAGGAAGCUCACUGCACAACUCUUUCCGUAGCAGUCCCGUUAACACGUAUAACACGCCUGCACCGCCGACAAGCAACUUUGCCGAAAGUGCACCGCAGUUGAUACCUUCGAGACUGAUCGAGCCCUCGACUCCGCAAAAUACACCUGCUGAUGCCUUCUCGGGAUUCAGUAGUUUCCGCCAGCAGCAGCAAGAGUCAAACUUAUUAGGCUUCGGUGGUGUGAGCUUGGAAAGUUCGCGACCCCAGCUCGAGGCCAUUCAGGAGUCCGUCGGUGUGCCAAGCUCUGAUAGAACCUUUAGUCCGAUCAACGCGGCUAAGGUGACCGAGAAGCUCGAGAAUCUAAUCGCCGCUGAGCAAAACGAAGACGCAUUGUCCGUCAAGUCUGAGUUGUCCACCGAGGUCGCUAGAAUCACUGCCGGCAUACCACCUCCCGGCUCCCAGCAGAUUAUCGAUUCUACCGUCACCGGUGAACUUACAGAGAUCGAUCUUAGUGCUGCUGUUGUCGAACCUUCAGACUUUUUAGUUCCAAGUAGUGAUGACGUUAGCUGUCACUUCGACAUAUCCAAGGAAAAUCCGUCUCAGUUGGAAGCUGAAUUAGCUCUUCGAGAGGAAUUGAGAAGCAACGACCAACAACGCCCGAGCUAUUUCUUUGAAUCACCAGAAUUGGGAUUACCAAGUGCACAAGAACCAAGCUUUUACAGCAACAAUCCUUCUUUCCAGACUGGUCGACAGCCUUUCGCUGAUCCAUUUUCAAUUGUGCAGUCAUCAUCCCGUAGCCCACAGACCGACGUUCAACACAAUUUGUCCGUGACUACAAGGUCGAUUGCUGACGACAGUGGUGCUACGCAUACUUCGAGAGCAGAACCAAACAAGUCACGCGAAGGUCCUAGUUUUUCUGACCAGUUAUCGUUGGCACCGUCAUCGAUUUGGGAUUCUGGAAAUCAGAACCAACAGUUCAGUCACCCAGUCACCUACGGUGCACCGUACCAACAGCAUCAACCGCAACAACAACAGCUUUCGGGACCACCAACGUUCUUUAAUCCCACACAAUUCGCAGCCCCGUCAUCAAAUUUCCCAGUUCCAAAUCCUUCGUCGGCCUCUAAUGUCCCAGCGUUCCUUACUGGUGGAUUCACUACCACUGACGGCAAUAUCCUAUCGAGUAAAACUCAACCACUGCAAUCAUCAGCCAGUGCACCGUCAUUGCAGGACUCGGUGUUUAAUGCGGUGCCUGAGCCCACGGGAUCCGCCACCCUUAGUCCAGUUCAGAUUUCCGUUAAUCCUUUGACUAAUCGCCCGUCGCAGGAUACUAUACCGCCUAGUUUGGAAAAUUUAGCAGCAGGUCUCCCAGAGAAGAAGAUGCAGUACCGACCAGUUUACCAUCACUGGUUCUACCGUCGCGAGGUGGAGUCCAAAAUACUGUGGGUUCCAUUUUCCAUGCACGACAGCUUGAAUCUCGAAGAGGUGCACAACUCAAACGAGAUAACCCCGGAGACUAAGGUCGCUACGGAUGGUGGUCGCUACGACGUAGAAAUUUUAAAACGCUCUCGAGCUCCGGUCUAUUGGACAGGUCCAACGAUCGAGGUGCGCCGUUGCUCAUGGUUCUACAAAGGCGCAGCGGAGUCGCGUUACACGCCUUACGAAGAAAGCAUCGCCGCUAGGCUUGAGGAGGAGUUCAAGCAGGCUUGCUCGACCAAUAACUGGAACAGGCGGAUCGAGCUUAGUAACGGCGAGUACAUCAUUUUUCAUGGACCGUCUGUCCAGGCCCACUAUCUUCAAGCUACUACGCCCGAUUUGGCCGCCUCGUGGGGAAAUAAUUCGGGUUCAGAGGACAAUACAUAUUUGCAGGGUUCCACCAGCAGACCACGUAUCGUCAAACGCGGUAUGGACGAGUUUAACAUUGAAGACGGGGAGCCCGAGGAAGUCGAUCACAUACUCUUCCUUGUCCAUGGAAUCGGCAGUGUCUGUGACCUUAAAUUCCGCUCCGUCGAGGAAGUUGUUGACGAGUUCCGCAGCAUAGCCCUGCAGCUAGUGGAGUCUCACUACCGCAGUUCUAGUGAACAGGGUAUAGUCAACCGCAUUGAGGUGUUGCCGGUUUCUUGGCAUGCGACACUUCAUUCUGGCAUCGACAAGAAACUUCAAGCCAUCACACUCGAAAGCAUACCCAAGUGGCGGCACUUCACCAACGACACCCUACUGGACAUUCUGUUCUACACGAGUCCCGUCUAUUGUGAAACUAUAAUGCAGACUGUGGGUGAUGAGCUGAAUCGGUUGUAUGCACUGUUCAAUCAACGUAAUCCCAAUUUUUGCGGUAACGUGUACCUGGGAGGACACUCACUCGGUAGUCUCAUCGUUUUCGAUCUUUUGUGCCAUCAGAGGCCAACGGAAGAAGAGACGCUUGGAACUAAUGGUUGUAGAGAAGAUGGUGAUGAGAACAGGGAAGAUAAUCUGUCAGUUAAAACUAUGCCAGCUCCAAUACUUAAACGUAAGCUGAGCAAAAAAGUAAACUACGUGAUGGGCGCGGCUGGUACCGGACAGCCCUUCAUCAACUAUCCGCAAUUAGCAUUUGCUCCACGUGCCUUUUUCGCCUUGGGCAGUCCGAUCGGUAUGUUUGUGACAGUGCGCGGUAUCGACAACCUCGGCGAUGACUUUGUUUUACCAACCUGUCCGGCUUUCUUCAACAUCUUUCAUCCGUUCGAUCCUGUGGCUUAUAGAGUUGAAUCACUGAUUAAUCCUGAGGCUCACAAAUACAGGCCUAUGCUUAUACCACAUCACAAGGGUAGAAAACGGAUGCAUCUAGAAUUAAAAGAGACUAUGGCUCGAGUGGGUGCAGAUUUGAAACAAAGGCUGUUGGAGUCGGUGCGCAAUACAUGGAACUCGGUCUACCAAUUAGCAAUGUUCCACAAGCAGGAUAAUCAAACGUUGGAGCAGGAAAUUGAAAAAGUCGUUGAAGAGCAGAUGAACAAUCCCUGCACCAACGCAAUACCAUGUGUGAAUCAGGACGAUUCUGGUGCUGAUUUGAAAAUCGGUAAGCUCAACGGUGGUAGAAGAGUCGACUAUGUUCUACAGGAGGCGCCAUUUGAGUACAUCAACGAGUAUAUUUUUGCCAUGACCAGUCAUGUGUGUUAUUGGGAAUCGGAAGAUACGAUGCUUUUAAUUCUGAAAGAAAUUUAUGGUUCCAUGGGAAUCCAGACCGAUGCCCAGCUGCCACAGCAGUCCUUAUCGAUCGAGCGUGUCUCGACACCCACAAUGUCGGCCGCUUCUAGCUACGUGAGCUCGCCUACCCAGUCCUACGGUAUAGAUCCAACGGCACCGGUCUCGGCAAAACUCGUUGGACCACCACCGACUACAGGAUUCGUAAGGAAGUCUUGAUCCAACUUCAAGUUGCACUAUCAACCGCUUUCAGUGGACUGAACACGAAACAUCCAGUUACGAGAUGUUUAAGAAUUCCUAAUGACAUUUCUACAGAUAUAAAAAAAAACAGAGACAACUCGGUCUCUUUAUUUUUGUUAAAGAUAAUAUUUUGACAGUGAAGAUGUAUGACUAUUGUUACUGCGGUGCAAGUUGACGAAAUUAUAUAUACUGCGUUUAUCGAGACAUUAAAUUUGUUUACUUAUGUCGGUUUGAAGCUAAUUGGAAUUGUCGUGGGCACUUUUUGAAGCAUUGGAUUGAACAUCUGUAUUUACAGUCACAAAGCGCCUCGAGCAGUUUUGGUAAGCUUAUUUAACUGGCACGGACAAACUAACCUAUAACCGUUGUUUAAUAGACUAUUUAAAACAAUUACUGUCUUUGCAAAAAUGUCAGACAUGGGCAUUCAAAUGUUUGAAGAUGUGUUGAAAAUUUAUUUCGAAAAAUUGUAUCAUAAUGAACGUGUAGUUUCAAAUGCUUGACGUAAUAUUGCGUAUUAAUGUAAUUUGUACUUUUUUGUGUACCUAUUUCUGAAUUUUUUGCAUGGAUGUAUACAUUUUUAAUACAUUUUUAAUAAUUUUUAGAAAAAACAUUUACAAAUAUAAUAUUAAAAAUUAGCGUGUUAAAAAAUAUUGUACUUUCGAACAUAAAAUGUACCUGUAUGCUGAUUUGAUGGGUGCAGAACUUGUGAUGACAUCUAAGUGCAAAUUUUUCGGAAUAAACGUGCUAAACUAAUGAUUUCGUAAUUUCGUGCAUAGCAAUAAACUGAAGAGUAUUCGAAUCUUACAUCAAUGAAUUAAUAUCGGAGAUAUAAAACGAACCCAAUCUCUAGCUACAUCCAGAAAACGCUUGAUAGCCCAUCUCUGACGAUAGAGAUACAAUUCCUCUUUAAUAAAUUAUAAUUAAACAGGGGAAUGAAACAAAAAUUUUUUAUAUUUCACAAAAAAUCAUACUGUUACUUUAAUGUUACAUAAAAAAUGAUUCUAUAUAAGAAAAUUAAACUGUAUAUAGUUGUUUUUGCUAAAAAAGCACUUAUGUGCAAUAUAUAAUAAAAUAAAUCAAUAGAACUGACA